AGUCCCAGGGCUCCGGCCGGGUGCGCUGCGAUGUCGCUGCUGCCGGGCGCCGCGGCGGGGUCCCUGCCCCUCGGCCGCCUCGGGGAGCCGCUGCUGCGGCGGCUCAGCGCCCUGCUGGACCGCGCCGCGCCGGGCAAGGGCUGGAGGGACCUGGCGCAGCGGGCGGGGACCCACGGCAGGGUCCGGCUCAGUUCUCUGGAUUUGGAACAAUGCUCUCUCAAAGUCCUGGAGCCAGAAGGAAGCCCGAGCUGGAGUCUUCUGAGACUAAUGGGUGAAAGGGGCUGCACUGUGCUGGAGUUGGUGGAAUUCUUGCAGGCCCUGGAACACACAGAAGCUCUCCAGUGCCUUAAUCCCCCAGGUAUAAAGAUUGUUGUACAACCAGACCCUAUGGCAGUAUUAUCUGGCCAGAUAGUUAAGCUGUGCUGUUGGGCAACUGGGCACCCAUUUGUGCAUUAUCAGUGGUUCAAACAGGAAAAAGAGGUUCCACGUGGGAAUUCCCCUGAGCUGGUUUUUAAUCCCGUGAAUGCAAGUGAUUCUGGGUUUUACAUCUGUCGAGUGAACAGCGACACUUCCUUUGCAUUCAGUCGGUGGGCACAGCUGGAUGUCUGUGAUCUCCAAGGAGCAUCUUAUGGAAGCUGGGUCGGUUUGCCUGAAAACAAGAUCCACAUCUGCAUUCAUCCUCAGUCACAAAGCCUGACAAUGGGGGACACAUUGGUUUUAGAGUGUGGUGCUAUUGGAAAACCAAUUCCUCGUUACCAGUGGUUCAGAAAUGGUGAUCCACUGACAAACGGGAACAAAAAAGUGUACACGGUUUCUUGUGUGGACAUAGAUCAUCGAGGGACUUAUUGGUGCCGUGUAUUUAAUGACCAAGACAAUCAAGAAAGCAAGAAGAUAGACGUUGUAGUAGAAAGAAAAGCUAUGCCUGUGGAGUGCACCGAAGAAGAACUAAGUGGUCUUGGAAAGCCUGUUGUUCAAGAACCAUCAGGUGGCAGGCCUUCUGCAAUAGACAAGGUAGCACUGUUGAUUGGAAAUAUGAGCUACUGGAAUCACCCCCAGCUGAAGGCUCCAAUGGUAGAUGUAUACGAAUUGACCAACUUGCUAAGACAGCUGGAUUUCAAGGUUGUUUCUCUGCUAGAUCUUACUGAAUCUGAGAUGCGGAAUGCAGUGAAUGAAUUUUUACUUCUGUUGGACAAAGGAGUGUAUGGUUUAUUAUAUUAUGCUGGCCAUGGCUAUGAAAACUAUGGGAACAGUUUCAUGGUCCCUAUUGAUGCUCCAAAUCCCUACCGGUCUGCCAACUGUUUGUGUGUACAGAAUAUCCUCAAACUGAUGCAAGAAAAAGAGACUGGACUCAAUGUGUUUUUACUGGAUAUGUGUCGUAAAAGAAAUGAAUAUGAUGAUACCAUUCUGAUCCUGGAUGCCCUGAAGGUUACAGCUAAUAUUGUUUUUGGAUAUGCAACAUGCCAAGGAGCAGAAGCAUUUGAAAUUCAGCAUUCUGGCUUGGCGAAUGGGAUUUUCAUGAAGUUCUUGAAGGAGCGUUUGUUAGAAGACAAGAAGAUUACUGUGCUACUUGAUGAGGUUGCUGAAGAUAUGGGCAAGUGUCACCUUACCAAAGGCAAGCAGGCUUUGGAGAUUCGCAGCAGUUUAUCGGAGAAGAGAGCGUUAACCGAUCCCAUUCAGCAAACGGUGUCUUCUGCAGAGUCCCUGGCACGCAACCUCCAGUGGGCCAAAGCACAUGAACUUCCAGAAAGCAUGUACCUUGAAUUUAAAUGUGGCGUUCAAAUUCAGCUGGGGUUUGCAGCAGAAUUUUCCAAUGUCAUGAUAAUCUACACAAGGAUAGUAAAGAAACCCCCUGAAAUAAUUGUUUGCAAAGCCUACGUUACAGACUUCCCACUUGACUUGGACGUGGAUCCCAAAGAGGCAAAUAAGGGAACUCCUGAGGAAACUGGCAGCUAUUUAGUAUCCAAAGACCUGCCUAAACACUGCCUUUACACUAGACUAAGUUCGCUGCAGAAACUAAAGGAACACUUGAUCUUCACAGUUUGUCUGCACUACGAGUAUCCAGGAAUAGAAGACACAAUGGAUGAAAGGAAGGAGGUUAAUGUUGGAAAACCUCUAAUUGCUAAAUUAGGCAUUCAUCAUGGAUUCAAGAAAAAUAGCUGCCUGCAGACAUGUUGCAAGGCAAAUGAUCCUUUCCAUAACCAAGCAACCAGCACAGUUGCACCUGAAUUCUACCUCUCUUCUAGUCACCAUCAUCCAAAUUCCUACCCAGCUGUUUAUCAGACAAACCCUGCUCGUCUGGACAGUGCUAAUCACUUGGAGGCAUGCGCUUGCAAUGUAUCUUUGAAUAUGCGAAAGCCAAGAAAAGAAAUGGGGAAUUACUUAUCCCACUUAACAAAUGGUAAUGUGCCGGUAGAGACAACUGACGAAACAGUCGAACUGGGAUUCCAUUUCUCUAACAGUCUUGGGUUUGCUCAGCAGCACUAGCUACGGUCUUGGUAGAACAUACAGGAGCAGUAUUCCUGGCUUGGGGGUGCCAGUACUGCUUAUAUAUUCCCUUGCAUAGGUGAGACAAGAGAUUGAAAGUUGGGUGUGGUUUAUUUUAUUCUCUCCCAGAAAACGUUUAAGAUCCAGAGAGUCAAGUCUGACACACACACUCCCUUCUUCAUUUCUGAAUAUUUCAGCAGCAUGAAAGCCCGGUGUGGAUGAAUCCUGGGAAGCUGAGGGUGAGGACCCAUAGGCACUAACUGGCAGGCCUACUGUGACUGGCUGAAACAUGCCAGUGAGCAAAAGAACAGAGCAGCAAGCAUGCUGCGGUUGGAGGAUGCUGCGUGCUUCUGAUAUCAAAGGUUCUCUUUUGAACGCUGCAGGCAUGGCUUUCCCUAGCUGUUCAAUCCAACCUACAAGGAUUGUCCUUAUUAAUAAAACUAAGCUCUGUAUGUAUACUUUAUAAAAUUAAAAUGGUCUGUCAGUCACAAAGUGAUAGUGGAUGUUUCCAUCCUGCAGCGUCAGGUGAGUUUGACAUUCCAAUUUCCUCCUUAUUUGAAAAAUGGGAUAUUUAAUUUCAUAAAAUAAAUACAAGCAGGGCAUAUAGGUAUGCAUCAUCUUGUGGAACCUAGGAUCUUUGGAGUAAUUGAUACCUAACAUAAAUGAGCUGAGGGAGAAGGGUGUUUCCAUGGCAAUGCGAGAACAGUAAAUGAUUUUGUAUUCUUGUUCUAAAAAUUCACAAGGAAGUCUGUAUUUCAUGGUCCCUUCUCAUCUACAUAAGUCCAGUCAAUGUGAAUGCGUGAGUUUCCCACACACUUGGGUGCCACUAAUAAGUAGGUGUUACCUCAAGUGCACAUUUUCUUUUCUGUUGAAUCAGCCUGCCGUGUUAGCAAGAUACAUGCCCAGUGCCUGGUCGAAAUUAGCAGAGGGUUGAAGAGCAGUCAGCCUAGGAAAGAUAGAAGGCAUGCUGGUAGGAGGAAAGGAAUCACUAAUUAUUAAGAGCAGUGGGCCAUAAAGUCUGUGAGACGGUGUGAAGCCGGAGGAUCCUGCUGGUGCCUCAUAACACACCAUAAGAAUGGUGAGAAGCUCUUCUUUCCCCUUUGGGUUUGAUCUUUUGAAGCUCUCCCAAAGUGUUAAAUUUAUGUUGCUAAACUGAAGAGACCUUCUGUCCAGAAGGAGCACUAGAUUUCAGUUUUCAAAAUGAUCAUCACCCUCCUUAUUGCUUUGAAGAUGAGAUGGGGCAAAAUCUUAGGGCCUAUUUUGUUCUGAAUUUUUUGUCCUGAAUGUGGUAGCAUCACAAUGGCCUCUAUUGAAUCUCACAGCUCGACCAGCCCAGUAAGUUAUACAAGAUGAAUGAUGGCUGCUUGAGGAACUUUGGGCUAACGUGUAUGCAGGAUGCUCCUUGGCAUCAGGGUCCUGUUUUGGGAUGCAGAUGUGUUCUUGGUUAAAAAACGUGCCUCCUAGAUUCCCUCCAGGCCAGACUGAGUUAAUUUCUUACCCUUAACUGUGGAAUUGCCUGACCCCAAAAAACAAGCAGAUGAACUCAAGCUGCACUUGGCAAUUGCAGUUGCUAUUUCUAGUGAUGCUCUUUGUAACAUCUUACAUUAGCUCCUGGUACAAAAAUCAGCUAUGCAUCUAUCUAUCUCCAUUCACUUUGUUGGCAUGCAUGUGGUAAUGUUCCAGUAGAAGACCACCUGGAGAAGGCUCAUCUAUGCAUCUGGGCCCUCAGUGUCAUAUGCGUUGCUGCAAUAAAAACUGCUGUGACUCCCUCUUUGGAGGAUGUGUGGCUGGAAACAGAGCUAGGCAAAAUAUUUAGGCAAAUGGUUUAUUUCCUGAAAAAUGCAGGUUGGGCUCAGCUGAUCUGUUUUGCAAAUUCUGUGUAAAUUCAAUGAAUAGUUUUGAUCUGGAAAAAAGGGGGAAAGAGAAUUUUGAAAAAUUGAAAGCAUUUUGUUUGUCUUUUUUUUAAAUGAAAUAUUUCAAUUUUUUGUUCCAGGCCAACGUUUUCUUCUGAAAUUCAGCUAUAAUUUUUUUUUUUUUUUUUUUUUUGGGGUGGAGAUUGGUUUUGUUUUGUUUCUGCUAUUAAAAUGGAAACAUCAGUUGUUCACAUAGCCGUUGCUGGAAACUUGCAUUAGAGCAACUGGAAAUAUUUGUUGAUGGUUUUAAGGUAAUCUCGAUGCUUUGAAAGUGAAAGUAUAAAAAUACAUCUUACAGUUCAACGUUGUACAAGUUACAUAUGAAUGUUUUCCCUCCCCAGUGACAAUUACCAGGUUGAAUAGCUGUGCGCCUAGUUUUUUUGCCACAGAGGGCAUACAUACAACUAAGCAAUGAAUUUUCUUUUGCUAAAAUUAUUUUUAUUAAAGACUUUUUACAUUAGGUGGCAAGGCAAGGAAAAAUGAAGGCUGGAUAAUUGGUCUCUACUCCCAUGUUUCUCACUGGUCUGUGGGAGAUGCUAAAUGAAAGCUGUUUCUGUUUUUAAAAUGCUGCAUGGAUUAUGUAUAUACCUAUAAUGCUGGAGGCUGCAAAUGUGAGAGGAACAGUGGGGGGGGGGGAAAAAAACCCUGGUCAUUCCCAGUUCACUAUCCCUUUCAGCAAUCACUAUGCCAGUGUGUGACACAGGACACUGGGCAAGAUGAACCUAUGGUCUGACCCAGUAAAUGGCAGUUCUUAUGAUCUUAUGUAUAUUGAAGAAGAAUGUAAAAGGAAUGCGUUAUAGGGUCCUAUAAUUCUAAAGCCCUAUAAUGAAACAUUUUCUGGCAAGAGGUGUCAUGUUUUCUAAUAUGUUAGCCAAAAUAUUGGGUGGACUUUUGUUUGUGGUCUUUCUGUGUAGUAAUGGUAAAAGGAAUGCUUAUAAUCCCACUUGAAUGUGGUUAAUAGCAUUAUUAAGUGGAGAUAAUUCAUGGAAAUGUGUUUAUCUACUUGUGCUGAAAGUUGGACAUUCCACAGUGGCAGAGAUGCAAGUGUUAUUUAUUUACUGAGUGAAAAUCAAGAUUAACAUAUUUGAAAAUGAGGUUGAGUUUUCAAUCUGCUUCUCUGGAGUUUUCCAUCUGCUUCUCUAAUAGUGAAAUAUUUAUUGAUAAUGAUUGAAUGUAUCUGUAUAUUGAUUUGUGUGUGUGUAUAUAAAUGGAUAGAUAUUGUUUAUAAAAUAAUGUGUAGCUUGAGGUGUAGUUCAAUACAGUAAUAUUUACCUUAACAUUUGCCAUAUUUUGUUUUAAAAUAAUCUAUUUUCUACUGUUGCAAUAAAAAAUCUAAUUCAUUAACGGAUAGAUAAAGUA